UGUAUUAUUUGCCCUCAUGCUUUGGUGUAGGUACCUCUAUAAUAAUUUAUUUUAUGGGGAAGAAUGUGACACAUGGAAGCACUUUUAAAUAGGUUAUAAAAUAUAUCACAGGUAAACACUGAUAAGGAGAUAUAAAAGGCUUCACUGUUUACCACAUACACCUGGAUUGAGGUCAUCACUAACAAGGUUGGCCUCAUUGAACCUUCUUGAUAGUUUGUAGACAUCAUUCAUUGGAUGGUGAGGUAAAUAAAGCAGGGCUUUUAAACACAGUGACACCAGGCUAACUCUGUUGUUUGUCCUCUCAGCUUGAGAUCAUAGAGGGAACACCUGACUUAGGUGUGACUUCUUAUCACACUGAUGAAGAGGGAAAUGUGGUGUUUGGCCCAAAUACCCCAAAGGAAAAGAUGAAAACACCGGGCAGUGGAGCAAAAACAAAGAAGCAGAAAGAAACUGAGACAGAAUCUCCCUCAAAGGAAAAUGUCAAAGCCAACCUGGAGUUUGAAGAGCAGAAAGAUGAGAAGGUUGUAGAGAAAGCUUCAGAAGAACCCAAAGCUGUGGGUUCAGAGCAAACAGGAGGUGAAAAAUCAGAAGUUGCUGACGAGCCUCUGGCUGCCGACCAAUCAGAUGCCCCUGUGCAGCCUGAAGACACGGCGGAGCCUGAACCAGGAGCUGAAACAGAGUGAAAGGAGAAAAACAGUUUUCACAUUUAUGUUACAAGCUUGGCAUGGGCUUUUUCUAAUAUGAUUGAUGUGUUUCCAUUUAUCAUAACUUAGAAGUGCAUUGCACUUGUUCAUGAUAACUAUUUCUGCCAUGUUGUCAACAUUAAUUAUUAUUAUUAUAAUCUCAUGUACACACAACACUUCACAGACCUCCACAAUCUGACAGUUUACCUGCUUUCUAUUGUCAUAUUUCUUCACUGAUGUAUUUUUGUUCAUACAUACCUGAA